CAACACUAACACAUCACGACCGGCACCAACGCAAAUACAAAGUCCCUAACUUUAAAUUUUCUUUUCAAAAAAUCAAAAUACCAGAGUUUUGUUUUCAGACAAACGCAUACGGCACGGACGCAACGCAGUAACAUGGCAGCGAAAAUCGACGGAAUUUCUGAAACAGUAAAACAGGAUGACGACGAACAUCACCGUCCUUCGGAAAAUUGUAACGAGGUCCCACCAAAGAAAGUGCGCAGAAAAUCUGAGCCGAAAAUGAUCGAAAAUAUGAAGGAAUACUUGCAUAAUGAUAGUUUAGAAAAAUUGACAACGACCACUCUACGAUAUUGGCUGAAACAGCAUCAAGUGCAUUGUACCACAAGAGAGAAAAAAGAUGAUUUAAUGAAGAAGAAAUAAUUAGCACAGUUGAAGUAGGUACUUUAUUUAUUAAAUAAAUUUUGUAAAAAAGAAGCGGUUAACAUUUAAAGAUCCAUUACAACAUGUGCCCGGAAAAUUAAAUAUAUACAACUGACAGGCG